UGUGGAGCAGAACUGUCAAAAUGAAUCUGGUUAAAUUGAAUGGUUAUCACAACGCAUGUUGACCAAUAGUCAAUGACAUCCCUGGAGAGCUGAUUUAUACCUUUGACCCUAAAACGUUAUUUAUUAUAUCACGUGCUGCGCAUGUGUUGUCUGCCUUAAUUUGUAAGUGCCGUGAGAUUCACUGCGCCAUGGCAUGGCCUAAAUGUUGGCCUACAUAGCCACUUGCAGUUUGAAGUUUAUUUGUAAGUUUCAUGAGAGGAUGAUUGAUUAACCAGUGCCAAAGUUACCCCAGCAACCAAGACAUUGUAAGGUAUUAAGGAAUGAAUAGACUAUUUUCCAGUGUGUUCAAGAUCAGUUUUCAUAGUUGCGGAAUGUAACUGUCUGUAUCGACCAACACAAAGUGUUUGGAGAGUUGCGGGCAAUAGCUGCUUCUACUGUGUCGGAUCGACGGAUGCUGAUGACAGAUGAAUUGAUAGACUUGAAAUUGUUCUUGGAGCGCAAUGGACAUAUCCAGCACAGCUGAAAGCCUCAACAAGCUAACUAAUUGUAUUGAUAGCCUGUUACACCAGGCAAGAAGAGAUUUGCAAGAUGUGUCAACAGAAGAUUUUGUAGAAAAGAAGAUUUCCAGACUCUUUGGAGUGGUUAAAGCAUAUAGCACAUGCUUCGAAAGUCUUAAUGUGACAACACGGUCGGCAAUGGACAGAAGUCUACAGAGGCAGUUCAGACAUCAGGAGAUUCAAGAGAGAGUGCAGCACUUGGAAGAAAUAGAGCGAGACUGGGACACUUUCUUGAAAGACAUAGACUCAAGUUUAUAUCGGGAUGAAAAGGCAGCAGUGACAUCUGGUGAACCAGGUCCCAUCUCCCUCUCCCUGGAGAAUGCUAGAUCAGGGGAGAAAACCUCACUAGCAGACUACCUUGGGUCAUCUGCUUUGAUACUGAUACUGCUGCGUCAUUUUGCCUGACUACCGUGACGAAACCAUGUGGCACAGGUCCAACAGAAUGAGCACCUCCUGGAGGAGGCUGGUGGACGUGUGCUCGUGGUGUCAUUUGGCUCUCAGACUGGGGCUAAACAUUGGCUGGAGGAUACAGGCUGUCCCUUUGACAUGCUGCUGGAUCAGAACCGAGAGGUUUAUAAAUCAUUUGGAUUGAGAAGAUCUAUCUUCAAGGUAUGGUGUAUCUCCGCGCUGGUGUACUACGCCGAGCAGAUGGCUGCUGGGAAGCCUCCCAUCAAGCCAUACGAGGAUGUGGAAGACGACCCUCACCAGAUGGGAGGAGACUUCAUCCUAGACAAGGACGGCAUGGUCAGACUUCUGUACUGCUCUAAAAACAGCUCUGACAGACCCUCUGUAGAAACUCUCCUCGAUGUCCUUAAGGAUUGCCAUGGAAAGUCCAACACCGCAGAGCCACCCAAGACAGAAUAAUAAUGGACAUGGUCAUCUUGUGUUUUGAUCACAGUGAACUUCAAUCAGAAUUAAUGAAUGCUGAUGAGGAAACUUUUCUAGACUGUCAGCUGGAUGCUUUCUUGGUUAAGUUCACUAGUGCAUGUCAACAGCUAAGAAGUGGCUUGUUCAAAUGUUGUUGGUAAAACAGCUUUUGAAUCUUUUAUCUUCCCAUGUAUCCUAGACAGCUUUUCAGGCAGAUUCUGUACAUGUGUAAUUAAAACCAUAGAAAAUUUGUAAGGGGUAAAAAAUGUCAUUAGAUUUGUAAAAUGUGUAAUUACCAGGUGAACUGAAACACACCUCUAGUGCAGGUAGGGUAAUUAAUAUAUGUAGGAUGGGAAAGAAAGACAGACAAAAUUUAUAAAUAAAUAAAAGUAAUGAUAUUGCGCAUGGUCCUAAACUCCCAGUACAUGUGCCACAAAUAAACCUAGGUAACACUUGCUGUGAAAUCAGAAUUUUACGAAAGCGAUAGCUGAGCAAAUGUUAAAUUAUUUUGUUGUACAAUCCUGACACUCAGCUUGCAUAUUCUGCUGGGAGUGUGAAAUAGAAUGACCCAUGAUAUGAUUAAAUUUAUCUAUGUGGCAGCGAAUAAAACUUGCAUGAAGCAUACUAUCGUCUACCUGAAAGUCCAUGGUACAUUUGGUUAAUAUUAAAGAAACAGGUAUCAUUGAUAACACUGCUGAUUUAGAACAUGUUUGUCCUAUUUUGAAAGUUAUUAACUUUUGGCUGAUAAGUCAGAUCAAGUUAAUUUGCAUUGGAAAGGAAUGUAUAAUAUGUAAAUAUCCACCGAUGAAUGUAUCAUUUGUUGUGUGUGUAGUAUAGGUUGUACAUGAUAAUAUACAAGAGGAUCAGUCAGAGUAAUGAAAUGUUGAUAUUUUUAUAUAAUGCCAUU